AUGGGGCUUUUUUUUUGUUCGUUAACUUCAUAUGUGCAUGUUGCGUUUAUCGGUCAUUUCGGUCAGCUUCGCCGCAGAAACCGUGCUUAUUCUUAUUUUUGGCUUUUAAAUCAGUCUUUUCACCCUGCUGAGCGGAUUACAGCGACUAGCAUCAGCAGCACACACCGGCUUUUUUCUUCAUCCUCCUCUCACAUUUUCUCCAUCCAGCCAUCACAAUGUGGACGGAAAGGCGACCGCACAGGCGAGGAGGUGCAGGCGGGCUUUCUCACAUCUUUCUGGAUGUUCUCAGCAUUCGCGCUCUGUAGAAGGGUUUCGUGACAAAUGAAGGCGAAUAGCGGAAAGAGGAUCAGCUAAGCGUUAUCUGGCGUCUUUUCAGCUGCGCCGUUACUUUAAAUCAGCCGCUGACGGCCUUAAACGUGUGGAGAAAAGGGCCAUUUAACAACGUUACUCCGUAUUUUUUGCUACCGGGUGUCUUUUAGCUGUUUUACUCUUUCAAGACAGCCCAGAUGUCCGUUUGCAUCCAAAGGACGCUGGACUGAAUCAGAUGGACUGUAUGGUAAAUAUAGGUUGGACCGUUAAAACCGUUAAAAUUCAAACCGCAGCCUCGUUUUCGCUUCAGCGCCCUGUUGUUUUUCUAAACGCAUCCACCGCCGACUGUUUAUAACCUCACGGUCUGUUUCUGAAUACAAGACCUGUGAAUAUGUUGGGUACCCUGGCGUUAAAAGAGCGGCAAGUCCUUUUUUAAUGUCAUGUCGAUGUCUUAAUUUGGAAGACGAGCUUAAAGUUUGUUUUAUUUCUGUGGCUAACCGGGUUAGCCUUCGCCUGGAGGACACGUUACUGUAAAAAAAGGACUUUUGUAGCUACGCAGGCGCAGCUUUUGGACGCUAUGGACGGGACCACCGGGGUCGCUGAGGAGGGCGGCACGUCUGUGGAGGCCCAGCCCGGCUACACGGAGCUGCUGAGCGGCUCAUACAGCGCCGUGCUCGGCGCUCUGAGGGAGUGCACCGACUGUGGGCUCGAACCAUCAGCGCGCGCCCUGCGCGAGCACGCGCACCUCUCCCCCGUCGAGAUCGCCCUGUUCUUCACGAGCGUCGUGCUGUGGACGGAGCUGCGGCGCGCGCUCUCUGCACACGUGUUCGAGCCUUUUGCAUGGUGGUGUCGUCUCCAGCCCAAAGAUGUGGCAAAGAUGCCAGAAAGUGCUUGGAAGUUUGCCUUUUACACAGUGUCGUGGUCCUACAGCACCUAUCUUCUCUUCUUCUCCAACUACACCUUCUUCCAGGAUCCUCCAUCUGUAUUUUACAACUGGAAGAGCGGGAUGUCUGUGCCCACGGACAUCGCCAUUGCCUAUCUCAUCCAAGGGAGCUUCUACGGGCACUCAAUUUACGCCACACUGUACAUGGAUGCGUGGAGGAAAGACUCCAAGGUCAUGCUGUUUCAUCAUGUCAUCACCCUGGCGUUGAUUACCUUCUCUUAUGCAUUCAGAUAUCACAACAUAGGAAUUCUGGUGCUCUUUCUCCAUGACAUCAAUGACAUUCAGCUGGAGUUCACCAAACUCAACGUCUACUUCAAGAACCGCGGAGGCAGUUACUACCUGUUAAACGACAUCCUAUCUAAUAUGGGCUCUGUGAGCUUCAGUAUCACCUGGUUCUGGUUCCGAUUAUAUUGGUUUCCCCUUAAAGUGCUGUAUGCUUCCUGCAUCACCAGCUUGCAGUCCGUUCCCAACAUCCCUUUCUACUUUUUUUUCAACACCCUGCUGUUCGCCCUGCUCGUCAUGAACAUCUACUGGUUCCUGUUCAUUGUACUGUUUGUGGUGAAAGUCAUAACCGGGCAGAUGAAGGAAGUCACUGACGUGCGCGAGUACGAAGAAGACGAUAAACUCCAUAAAGCCAAGAGGGAUGACAAUGGUCAUCAGGGCUCUGGAGAAGGGAAACAUGUACAGAAUGGAAUCAACAAGAAGAAGCAUCUAUAACAGCCUCAGUACUGCCACCUGCUGGUACUUGCAUAUACUGCAAGGAGCACAGGUGACCUAGUUUUACUCAGACACCCCAGGGUCCAGCAGCUAUGAUCCUGCAGGUCUGCAUUUUCUGUGAUCAAGUUUUUGUUGGACAAUUCUCAUUUUAUUGCGUUUGUUUCUAUUAUAACACUGUGAAUGUUAUUUCAGGUGAUCGUGGUAUUAAACAUGGGUUUAGGACAACAGAUAGAAGUGCAGUGAACGUCCUCUCAUGUCUGUCUUAUAUAUAAUAUGAUAGAAGGAAGAAAAGUGAAGAAUCUGAGAAAAGGAGGGAUCUGUGUAGGCUUGACAAACAUCUUUUUGAGGACAGGGGCGUUUGCGAUGAGGUUAGUGGUCUAGAGCUGCUGCCCAGUGGCUUUGUUUGACUUUUUUUUUGUUGUUUUUUUGUUUGUUUGUUUGUUUUUUUUAUCGGAGGGCUUAAGGUAUUACAAAGAGAGAUUCUUGAGGCACUCUGAACCUGACUGCAUGGAUUUGCUAGGGCUAUUUUCAUUCCGUGUACUGAUUUUCAGAGACUAUCUAACAGCCUGACCUGAAUUAUAAAGCCACAAAGUGACCGUAGAAGAGGUUUGUCUAAAGGGGAAAAAAAACACUUUUGCCACGAGGACAAAAUUAGUAGAACUUGUUGCCUGUGUCGCUGUACAGACAAUGAACUGUAAUUUCCUUUUUAAUCUACAUCUGUUGUUGCACUGAAACGAAGGCAUGAUUAAAUGCAGCCACAGCAACAGGAGGCUGGCUGAAUGUUAUAUUGCUGAUCAAAAUUAAUGUGGAUGUAGAAAAAACCCUUUUCUGAACAAGUCGUAAUGAAAUCCUUUUGUAGAUCUGAAAUCCAAUAUUUAUGCACAUAUAUGAUAUUCAGGAUUGCAUGAGAUUGAGAUGAUUUGGUGUGUGAAAAGUAACCAACCCAACUCCUAGGGAACCCAACCUCUGCACGUUUUUGUGUUUAUCCUACUCUAACUUCUAGUUUCUUCCAGAAACUGUUGCUACUGUGCCUGGAGGAACAGAGAACAGGCAGUAAUCAGGGAAAGAGUUGUGGCAGUGAAUGUUAUGUUGACUAUUGAUCAGCUAUUUCUAGCAGUGUUGGAAAGUGGGAAGUGGAGAACAUGUAAAAAAUAUACCUGGUGUGGGGAAAUCUGAGUGCUUUUUAAUAUAGUGCAGUAAAAGCAGGGCACCUAUUCUCACGCCCUCCAUGCUUGGGCUUAUCUUUCAACUAGAAGCCCAGGGCAUAUUUCACAAAGCAAGAUUACUCAGUUACCCAGAGCCCUAAGUUCAGGAUUGUCCAAUAGAGAUGUUUCUCAGCUUUUGGCCGAAGGAUUUGGGGAAAACAUCUUGUUGGGAAUUUCGGACUAAUAUUAUGACUGCGAUUUAAAUUGCAGUUAUUUUCUUUAAAUUCAUUCCCUGAAUGUUGUGUGCCAGACAGCCAUUGUCGAAUAAGAGCCAAGCCUUACCUUAGCUUGUCUCUGAUUUGACAGGCUUGACAUUGGGCUUAAGUCGUCUAGCCAAACUGGGAAAGCCUGCUUUGCGAAAUACCUGAACAAUGUAAAAUUGCAUUUAUUAGUUAACCACUUGGUAUAUAUUACCUUCUGAUCAGCACCCAAACGCAGCAUAAAUCUUUCACAGUGCUCGCUUGAAAACACACCCCUAAUAUUCCUGAAAUGAUAGAAACUCAAAGAAAACAUCGUUUGAACCUAUUUAAAGCUUAGCUCUCGUCUCAUCCAGUAUUUGGACGUCCAGCAGGAUGGUGCCCCAAAACCAGUUUCUGGCUCAUGGAGGAGAGGAGCUGGAUCAGUAGGAAGAAUCAGUAACUUCUGUGAUUUCUGGGUGCAGCCUAACGCUCGAGUGUAGCCCAUGGGAAGCUUGUUAAUUAAUGAGAUGCACCAGAUGUAUAAGGGAAAACACAAAAAUGUGCAGUGCACUGAAUCGCAAUGACUGGGAUCGACUAUUUUAGACCACUCAAAACAGAUCAAACAUCAAAUUCCUAAUGGUGACGAACUUGCUUAUUGGUUUUCGUUUGCACAUCAGCAUCCUGCUGCCAUUGGAUUUCUGCUGAGAAGAGUGUCGGAACAUGCCGGAACAGGCCACAAUGUGGAUGAGAGUAGUUAACUGUUUAGGGACACAGUGUCCAUUCUCAACACGAGCUCCGGCUGCUUGAGACCUUUGUUAGAUUCGUUUUUUUUUGUUUUGUUUUGUUUUGUUUUUGAAUCGCUGCUGUUUUGUUUGUUUUUUGUGUAUUUUUUUCUGAGAGCUCUUGGUGUCUUUGCCCCCUCUUCCUUCACAUAUGUUUGUAAGUAAAAAGUUGACUGCCAUGGUACAGACGUUGGAUAAGCUCCCUCCAUGCUCAUCUGAAUGCUGUAUGCACCGUAUGGCACAAAAACAUUUGACUGAUACUUCCAGACUCUUUAGUACAUUUAAAUACACUUAACUUUAUUAUAAAAUUGUGAAGUAAUUACCUUCCAAAAUUAGCUAAAUGGUCAUUGUAAUGUAACUACACAAUUCAGUACAAUGACAAUCAAAAUACUGUGUUCAUGGUAGCAGGUGACGCCAGAAUGACUCUGCAUAGGAUUCUCAAGUGUUUUAACAGGCACAACAAAUUUUUUGCCCAAGCUCCUAUUUUCAUUCUGAGCAACCCACCAUUCAACAGGUGUUUCGACCCUCAACCACAACACCCUCCCAGUGGUGGGUCGGCAGUGGUGGCCAAGUCACUGCCCAUCACCUCCUCCUGGCUUCCAGCUUAACUCCUCUCUCCUGCUCCAUAACCAGCAAGAAGCUCUUUCUGCUGCCUCCCCCAUCCUGCGAGCUGCUGCCUUACUCUCCUUCCCUAUUAUUCCAAUGGCUGUGAGCAUUCUCCAGACUGACUGGGCUGGAAAUCCUCUACCGCCGACCUCAACCGGGAACAGCCAUGCCUGCCAUCCCUUCCCCAUACAGCCAUGCAGAAGGUCUUGGUAUUUGGCGCUCUUCCUUUCGAAGGCCUGUUCACACCCCUCUUAUCAUGGGACUGUAAGUUCUAUGAGGAUGAUCUUUUUUGCCUCUUCAGACCACAGUACCACAUCCAGUCUUCCUCCCAGGUCGACCUUCAUUUCCCAUGAUUGGGCCAUUUGUAGCAGACUGGCUCUUCCCCCUCCCUUACAAACUGGAUUGAUGUUAUUUUCCAAAGUGGUUGGCGUUUCUUCUUCCUCUCCUGCUCUAAGGUGUUAGCGAGUGUUAUGAGCACCUUGUCAUGGCGCCACCUGUACCUUUCUUGGUUGAGUGCUGUUUUACACCCAGACAAGAUGUGUGCCAUGGUGCCCCUUUCCCCACAAAGCUUGCGGAGUGUGUCCUCUCUUAUGCCCCAUUUAUGCAAGUUUGCUGGGGUUGGGAGUGUGUCGUACACUGAUCUCGGCAGGAAAGAGAUGCGGAAUGGCUCUAGUCUCCAUAGGUCCUCCCAAGUGAUCUUCCUCUUGGGAGGUCCCAUUUGGUCCAGGCUCCUUGUGAAGCUAGCUCCACUGCCCUCGACCUUCGUUCUUUCUCCUCCAUGUUCCGUACCUCCUCUUGUAUCAUGGCUCUUCUGUCACUGGUUCCUGCCUUCCUCCACUGUUGGAAAUGGGAGGUUCCAAGACCCUGUCUUCCUAUGCAUGGUGCUCCAAUGAUGUCACGUAUCUUCAGCAUGCUCUCGGCUUGGGCAACAGACGAAUCAGCUGCCCACUUGCACCCUGAUCUUGGGAUGACGCCUGCAUUUCUGACUUUAUCGUCCUGGGAGUCUCUCUGUGUCAUUACAACUUUGAAUUUUCGACCAGCUAAAUGUGAACAGGCUAGAAGCCAGUUUCAUGAGGUCACAGGUUAUCCAUAUCCAAUCAGCACAAAUUUAGAUACAGUGCUGAAUAUUGCUGCUCAUUAAGAUGACCAAAGAAAGAUCCUUCAAGUUGAAAGAGCCCCAAGGACCAUUCACUCCAGACUCAAAUGAAAAAAUUUGGAUGUUUUGGUUCUUUUAGAAACGUUUUCUUUCCGUUUGUGUUCAGGUAAAUGUGUUUUAGUUCAGUCUGGUCAGUUUUAAAUGUCUUCAGAAUGUGCCAAAAGGGAACUCUGAACUACUCAUGUGUUAAUGCUGAGACAUGGGCUUGAUGUGUCUAAGAAUAAUACAAAUUAUGUUAAAUAUGGGGCUGUCACAAGUAUUUAUAGCAAAUUGCACUGUAAUUUAUUGUUAUUUUAUUGUUCAUUCAGAAAUUAAAGGGAUUUCUAAUCAUUUCUUCAUAGUCAGAAAAGUAUUAUGUGUUCAUUUUAACAAGAUUUUUACGUCUCCUCAGACCCUGAAUUCGGGGGUGGGGACUUGAGAAAUUUGUUUGUCCUGAUUUGAUUCCGACCAUUUCAGCAUGAAUGCUGUCUCAUUUUGUAAUGGAGCGAUUUUUAAACAUUUCAUUGAGUCAGUGUUAUUUUAUCAUGUUUUCCCAUGAAAUAAAAAUGCUAAAUGAAAACUA